AUGCUCAUAAGUGACUCGGACCUCAAUGCUGUUAGUGUUAAAACUGUUGACUCCUUUAUUUUCCCACCUUGGGAUGCCCCGAAAUUCUCUUUUGUGAAUCCAUUCAAAGGCUUCGAUAAAUCCUCAACUGCACCUGCUGUCUUCCAACAGCUAUUUUUCUAUCAUCGCAAUCGGUAUUCCUCUUUUGAUCCAAUUUUCACGGAUGGCUCGAAAUCAGAUGGUCAUGUCGGUUAUGGCAUAGUAUUUCCAUCUGAUAUAGUGAGCUAUCGGGUUCAUAAUUGUUGUUCAGUAUUUACUGCUGAGUUGCUUGCUAUAUUGUGCGCUCUACAAAAGAUCUCAUCUUUGCCACAUCGAAAAUUCAUAAUAUAUACCGAUAGCAUGAGUGCACUGGAAACACUUUCUCACUAUCAUAAUCGCAUGCAUCCAACAGCAAUAGAAAUUUUAUCCCUUUUGCGCCUCUUGCAGAAUGAGGAUUUUGAAAUUAUUUUUUGUUGGGUUCCGAGUCAUGUCGGCAUACAUGGAAAUGAAAUGGCUGAUUCUGCUGCAAAAUCUGCAUUGUCUUGUUUGAACCAAGGACUUCCUUAUAACGAUAUUAGGCGGUCUUUCAUUAAUUACAUCUGUUCUACCUGGCAAAAUAAAUGGGAUCUGCAGAUCCAUAACAAACUGCAUGAAGUGAAGAGUAACAUUGGCCCGUGGCCGGUCCUCCCUGUACGUGAGGUGGAUGUCAGGUUGACUCGCCUCCGUAUAGGACAUACACGUUUCACGCACAAGCACCUAAUUUUUGGCGAAAGGGCGCCAAAUUGCCCGACUUGCCAAGUUGAUUUUAGUGUAAAACACAUCUUUAUUGAAUGUCCUACUUUUAAUUCACAUCGUCUCCAAUAUUUUCAUACAUCAUCAGUAGUUUUGAAGGACUUGGAGCAGAUUUCCGUUUGCCCAUACGACAUUAAGAGAAAUUCAGGGACGACGGCACCGCCCACCAAGGAAAGACAGCCAACGACUCUGGCCAUUCCCAGGCUCGGCGCUUACCUUAGUGCCAGCCGGAACCUAUACGCUCAGAGUUACCCCCGGGGACAGCGACUACCCUUAAAGGAAAGCCCAAGAAGUGACCCCUUCGCUUGA